AUGGUCUUCUCCUCUGGUUUUGCGCUGUGCGCAGCCAUCACAAGCGCGACGGCGCUCCAGAUCCCGCUUAUGUCGUCCGGCAAUCAAGCGCCACUCGGACAUCCACAUGGGACCAAACCGUUGGUCAACUCGACCGAGCUCCAAGACCUCAUCAGUGGGGACAGAUUGAUGGCACGCGCCAAGAAGAUGUACGAGAUUGCGAAGCUCGGUGAAGAGGAAUACAACCAUCCCACCAGAGUCAUCGGGAGUGCUGGCCACCUCGGAACGCUGUCUUACAUCUAUGAAACUAUCCUUCAACUUGGCGACUACUACACAAUCACCAAUCAAACCUUCCCAGCUGUGUCCGGCAAUGUCUUUGAGUCGCGUCUUGUCAUUGGCGAUGUCGUGCCGAAGUCUGCCCAUCCCAUGGGCUUAACGCCUCCCACAAAGGACAAAGAGCCUGUACACGGCGACCUCGUUUUUGUUGAGAAUGACGGUUGUCAGGCGUCGGAUUACCCAGACUCAGUAGCCGGAAACAUCGCAUUCAUCAAACGUGGAGUCUGCCCCUUUGGUACUAAAUCCGAGCAUGCAGGUCGCAAAGGCGCUUCUGCUGCCAUUGUCUACAACUAUGAGAAAGACAGCGUUUCGGGCACCCUCGGAACGCCGUCUCCCGAUCAUGUAGCUACAUUCGGGUUGUCCGGUGAAGAAGCUGAACCAAUUUUGAAGAAGCUCGAAAAGGGAAAGCGCGUGGAUGCGAUCGCCUACAUUGACGCUGAAGUGAACACCAUUCUGACGGUCAACAUCAUUGCGCAGACAACGGCUGGCGAUCCGGACAACUGCGUCAUGCUCGGCGGCCAUUCCGACAGUGUCACCGAAGGGCCUGGUAUCAACGAUGAUGGAACAGGCACAAUGUCGCUGCUCGAAAUUGCUACUCAACUUACCAAGUUCAACGUUACCAACUGUGUGAGGUUUGCAUGGUGGGCGGGUGAGGAGGAAGGCCUACUCGGAUCCAACUACUAUGUCGCCUCUCUGCCCGAGAAGGAGAACCAGAAGAUCCGCCUCUUCAUGGAUUACGAUAUGAUGGCUAGCCCCAACUUCGCCUACCAAAUCUACAAUGCUACAAACGCGGUGAACCCGAACGGCUCCGAAGAGUUGCGGGAUCUGUACAUCAAGUGGUACGAGGAUCAAGGUCUGAACUACACUUUCAUUCCCUUUGAUGGCCGCAGCGAUUACGACGGCUUCAUUCGCAACGGAAUCCCCGGUGGUGGCAUUGCUACAGGAGCCGAGGGUAUCAAGACGGAGAAGGAAGUAGAGAUGUUUGGGGGCAAGGCUGGGGACUGGUAUGAUCCUUGCUACCAUCAGCUUUGCGACGAUAUUUCAAACCUCAACGUUACUGCGUGGGUUGUCAACACCAAGCUCAUCUCGCACUCUGUCGCAACGUACGCACGAUCUCUCAAAGGUUUCCCGAAGCGAGAGCUUGAGGCUUCGCUCAAGUCUACUGUGUACAGGGAGAAGACGAAGUAUCAAGGCUCGAAGUUGUUCAUCUAG